GUAAGUGAUUGCACCAUGUUGUCUGCUGUCGUCGGAAGAGCUGUGAGCAGUUCGAGUGUGUUCUGUGCCUUGAGACGAGCUGGAGUCACCAUGGCCGAGUGUUUGGCUCCAAUCCCUGAUGUAGAAAUCGAUCCCGAGGGAACCUUUAAGUACAUAUUAGUCAGAGUGAAAGUAAAAGGUGACGAUGGUGUGCACAAAGACAUAGUGCGUGGCACCAAAAGUGCAGAGUAUCACAAUCACAUAUUUGAAAAGGUCAGUCCAGCUGUGGAGGCCUUAGGGAUGGAGUGCAAGUGUCUCGGAGGAGGGAAGAUAGAGCACAACAGCAAAGACAAAAAGCUGAGGGUGUUCGGAGAGUCCACUGGUUAUGGAAAGGCAGACCAUUCUGUGUCAGCAGAGAAACUGAAGAACACCUUCACUGAUUAUGACAUCACUUGGUCUGAUGACAAAAAAUAGGCUGUUUAUUACAUUUAAUCUAAAUUCAAAUGUCUGCU